UAUUUACGCAUUUCCGUCCAAGAAUUCCUUUUCCGCUACAUCAUGGCGCCUCCCAUACCUCUUCUCGCAGUCCGUGGUUCGGACGGGACGUCUUUGCUGCAAGGACCGCCAAAAUGUGCGGAAUACUCUGCUUUCCAGAGGGACACUCUUCCCGGUAGAUUCGUGACUUUCAGCAAAGAUGGGUCAUUGUUCAGUUGGUGCAAUGGUGACAAGGUCAGCGUUGUGAAGACUUCAGAUGGAUCCUCUGUCCAGGAUUUUGAUCUUCCCAAGACAUCAUUUUUGGAGUUUUCUCCACAGAAUAAAGUGCUCGCCACAUGGCAACAGUACACAAAAACACAGGAGAACCCACAGGGAGACCCUAACCUCCAGUUAUGGGACCUACAGACUGGGAAGUGCAUCAAAGCUUUCUAUCAGAAAAAAGUGCAAGGAUGGUGUCCAAGUUGGGCUGAUGAUGAGAGUAUAGCAGUCAGAAAUGUUAACAACGAGCUUCACUUCUUUGAAGAGAAUGACUUUGAAACCAUUGCCAACAAACUUCAUUUACAGAAGGUUUCAGAAUUUGCUUUGUCCCCAGGAUGUAAGCCCAGCAAAGUUGCUGUUUAUGUCCCUGGAAGCAAGGGUGGCCCUUCUUUUGUUCGGCUUUACCAGUACCCAAACUUUGGGGGGCCAACCUCUGCUCUGGCCAAUAAGAGUUUCUUUAAGGCAGACAGAGUGACAAUGCUCUGGAACAAUAAAGGGUCUGCUGUUCUGGUGACCGCAAGCGUAGAGGUGGAUAAAACAGGAGCAUCCUACUACGGAGAGCAAACCCUACAUUAUGUGGCCAUCAAUGGGGAGAGUGCUGUGGUGCAGCUACCAAAGAAUGGGCCUAUCUACGAUGUCGCAUGGAGUCCCAACUCAAACGAAUUCUGUGCUGUGUACGGCUUUAUGCCUGCGAAGGCCACUGUGUUCAACCUCAAGUGCGACCCAGUCUUCGACUUCGGCACAGGUCCACGCAACGCAGUCUACUACAGUCCUCAGAGCCACAUCCUGGUCCUGGCUGGCUUUGGGAACCUGCAGGGUCACAUGGAGGUGUGGGACAUGAAGAAAUACAAGCAGGUGACAAAGACGCAGGCUGCCGAUUCCACGCACUUCUUUUGGUGCCCCGAUGGGGAGCACAUUGUCACCGCCACCUGUGCCCCUCGACUGCGUGUUAGCAACGGCUACAAGGUGUGGCACUACACUGGCACAGUACUCUACAAGUGCGACACACCAGCUGGAUCAGAGCUGUUGGAGGUGCUGUGGCAGCCCUUCCCAGCAGGCAUAUUCCCGGAGAAGCCGAUUAAGUACCAGGCUGCACAGAGCGAGUUGGGGAGCACAGAGGCCAAGCCGGCACAAGCAUACCGGCCGCCAGCCCUCCGCAACAAACCUGUAUCUGCUUCCUCCAAACUGCAUGAGGAAGAGCCACCACAAAGCAUGAGGCCUGGAGGGGACAAACCAUUGUCCAAAUCAGCGCUAAAGAAUCAGAAGAAACGAGAAGCUAAGAAAGCAUCCAAGCAGGAAAAGACUGAUGAACCACAGACGCAGCCUGAGCCCAGUACCACCCCAGCGGAUCCUGCUCCCGCGGCCGUCUCCUCAGGGGACCCUGAGCUUGACAAGAAGAUCAAAAAUGUUAAAAAGAAAUUGAAGGCAAUUGAAGAAUUAAAGGAACAACAAGCAUCUGGUAAACCUCUACAAAAGAAUCAGAUGGAUAAAGUGCAAAAGGAAGCACAGCUGUUGAAGGAACUAGAAGACCUUGAACUUGGAUUGUGAAUUAAGGACAUUUAUCAGUAAUUUUAGGAACUUGCCAUUUUGUCACAUUAUCAAUUAACAAAUUUAAGGAAUAUACAUUGCAGCUCAAAGCCUGUUGCCUUUAACAUAUUGAGGCCUACUUGCAAAUUCAUAAAACUGAAGGCAUUAUUGCUAUGCAAUGUUCUGUACAGGUGAUAAGGGCAGUGGUGUCUGUCAAAUUUUUUUUUUUUUGCAGUACUUUCUUAUGGUCGGAACUGACAAGUAAUGCUAUACCCAUUUGAAAUGUACUCAGUUUUUUUCUUUUUUAAAACCUUGGUGGUAAUAAUGAUUUUCAAUUUGCCUGAAAGUAUUUUCCUGCCAAAGUUGUUUAAGCUGUAAAUUGCCCAUGAAUUGGGAUUGGUUUCAUCCACAUAAAAAAAUAAAUAUUUUGAGAUCCCAAA